AUUGUAUGUGCAUAUACCUACAGUAACAUUCAUCUUACCGAGAAAGAUGACUCGACGAGCAAUGAUCGACAUGAUUUUUAAUGACAAUAAGGGUUAUUGAUUAGAGUGCAUGAUAAGUGCAAAUGUGUGUUAUAAGAGGAGCGUCAAACUGCAGUGUCAUCCAAGUUAAAAAGUAGAUAGGAAACUGGGAAAGGCGACAAAUCCUCAAGACGUUUUGCAAGUCCAAGUAUACGGAUAUUGGAAUAAACUGUUUUUCAAACAUGUUUAAUAACACCGAAACAAGACAAGUGUUCAACAUAACUCUGGAAGAUGAGGAAUUGAUGAAUUUGAUGUCCACAGGAAUACCAGCAUUAACUUUUUUAGCAUCUUUAUGCUUUUUCGGAACUUUUGGAAAUGGUUUGACAAUCCUUGUAUAUGCUGUUAGAUUUAAACCCAGCAUUCAUCGGACGUUCAUAUUGUGGCUGGGAACUGUAGACCUUGUAGCGUGUUCAGUAAGCGUCCCUUAUGUCAUAUACGACUCAACACAUCCUUAUACAUUCACUUCGGAAUGGUCAUGUAGGUGUUUCGUGUUUAUAAACUUCGUUUUCUCGAUGUAUUCGCCAUUACUUCUUGACGUGAUUGCUAUUGAGAGAUAUCGACGAAUCUGUAAGGCGACUGACCGACAACUGACGAGAUCAGAAGCCAAAUUGAUUAGCGGACUUAUGGGUGCAGUCGUUAUCAUAGCUUGUAGUCCUGUUUUUGCUCUGUAUGGCAGCAAACCCGUCAUUACACCGUUUAACCAUCUUGAAGGACACGAAUGCAAUGUUGUUGAAAGGUUCAGUGCCUCUCUGUUUGAAACCGUCUAUUUUGGUAUAUUGUUCGGGGCAUAUUUUGUUCUUUUUGUGUUAUGUAUUGUGUUCUAUUCGUUAAUUGGACAAAAACUGAUGAAAAGUGAGCGAUUUAGAAGGGCUACUAAAGCCGCAAAACGACUUCGACGUCAGCAGUCAAUGCGUCAAAUUGAGCGGACACAUGUUCGACAAAAGUCUGUCAAAUUUGUUACCGAAGUAAUUCCGGAACCUCAGGAAAAACAAAAUGAAAUCCCUACAGCAGAGGAAAUAUUGAAUAACGAACCGACGAUGAGCGAAAUCAGUAUCACAUCCAUUAGUGGCACAUGUGAACUACAACCAAAUAGUUUAAAUGAUAAUCUUGAAGAUCGCAUUCCGGAAAAUACUCUUCAACUACCUGACAAACAGCAUACCGCCUUAAAUGAAAACGGACAGAAAACAGUGGUGAUAUCAUACGAUCUACCAUCUGAACAUGACAAGAUUGAAAACAAUAAUACAGAUGGCAUGGAGCUCGAAACAAAGGCCGGAGUUAGUCAACAAAAAGACGUUGCUGUGAAAAACAGUUCUCUAAAAGCUCAAAAAUCAGUGAAACGUUUCGUGGAUCACAGAGUAUCCAAGAAAAAAGUCAGUCAGUUGAUAAGCAAAAGUAAGAGGGUGACGCUCAUGUUUCUCGUGGUAUCAGCACUCUCCUUUGGUGGGUAUCUGCCUUACUUUGUGCAUGUUGUUAUGCGAAAUGCUGAUGACGUCACACGAAGGCAUCUGGCUGUCGCAUUGGGCUCUCUCGGACCCAUAAUGAGAUAUUCGUUUUUUAUCAAUAACGCCGUCAAUCCUAUUGUAUACGGUUUCAUGGAUAGGCAUUUUAGAGAUCAGUUUAAACGUAUGAUAAAAAAGUGCAGGAGAAAUAGAAUAGAUUUCAAUUGACAAUUUGUAAUCAAAACAGUGUAGCUUUGGGAACAUAUAUUAAUCUAUUGUCGGAAUUCAUUAUGUACUAGAAAUUACGUAAAUAUACCUCUAUUUUUCGGUUAUCACGUGACAAUCAUGUUUAAUCAUCUGUACGUGAUUACAGUGUUUUCCAGUUAAUGCACUCGUGUAAUAUCUACAUAUAACUUUAUGUAACGUAUGGCGUGCCGUCAACACGACAUAUCAUGAUAGUUAUAUAACGUCACGCGCUUAUAGCUUUAAUGAAUUCUAAACCUUGAUAUUACAAUGAAUGAUGAGAUUUUUUUUAAUGCACUUUUUAAAUUUUAGAAAAGAAAAUUAACAAUAUUACAUAGCAAAGUGCGACCGCAACCGUUCAACACAACCAGAUACAAAAUCCAACUAGGUAAUUGUCUCGGUUAUUUUUAUUUAUUUAAAAUAGAGACAUCGGUCAAUAGGUAAAUAUCUGUUAAUUUGAAGUCAUAUAUAUAUACUGAACGCAAGACAUACUGUGUAGUGCUCACGGAGGAAUACAAUUGUAGCUCCGUAUCGUGUUUUAGUGUGUCCUGCGCUUCAAACCGGAAAUUAGAUCAGUCGAAAUUAAAAUGUGAUUUGAUCCUGAUAUUUAUUUUGAUGUUUACGUUUGUUCAGUUUUUGAAUAGCCAUUGUGUAUACUUAUAUUUCCACAUGAACGCUUGAAGGCAUAUAUUAUUGAAUAUUAUUAACCACGCGAAAGGACGGAAGUUCUAGGUCCGCGCCUCAGAAAGUUUCAGCGAGCCAGCUCUCGAAGGAUAAUCAUAUAUGCAGUUUACUUUUUUUAUAGGAUUGUGUUUUCACCCACUUGAAUUUUCCACACACAAUGCUUGACAUUAUGCGCUCUUUAUAACGUACCAAACAUUUGUUAGUUCUAACUCAAAAGCAACCAGAUUAUAUAACAUGAAAGAAGUCUCGUUCAGCAAAACUCUUGUUGUCUGCACACGCGUUGGAGCGUCUUGGUGAGCGAGAUUUUUUGUCGCUAUGUCCGCCAUGUUGCUUCCCGCCGUUGGGGAAAAGCAAGACUUGGAAUUCAACUUCCGUGUCACGACUUCAUGUCUGAUUGUAAUUUUCAAUUUAGGGCUUGCAUCGCUUGGGACGCUCGAGCUACGCUAGCCUUUAUCUCAAUGACAUAAUAAAUCCAAUAUCGAUCACUUACAAAUGCAUCUAGGUAAUACAUUGAUUAUAAGAAUGAGUCGAAAUUGAUCGUCGGAUCUUUUGACAUCUUCGCAAUCUAUAGGUUUUGUUCGAUAUAUGUAGAUACAAUGUGAUAUAGGCUGGAAACGUGCAUAUAGAGAAUAUGACCCUUGGACUCCUAAACUAGUUUUCAGAACAACCAGUUCAUUUUAAUACAACACAAACUUAAAGAAAACGUUUUGAAAUGUUGCAUAUGUGUUGUCGUUAGACAGAGAAUGUGUCGUGUUUUAUUCAAAGUAGACUUCGUGUAAAUAAGUUAAUGCAAUGUAUGUAUAUUUUAUAAAAUAGGUAUAAACAAUAUUGUGUUACCAUCGGGAUUACUUUUACCUAUCAACCAUCCCAUUUAAAUAUUUUGACAAAGAUGUCAUUUUAAGGAAGAGUAAACAAUACACACUU